UGGGCAAACCAAACGUUUGUGUAGCCAUUAUUUUUUGUUUGUGUUUUACAAAAAUAAUAGGCAUUCGUUGUUUGUUUUAAACCUGUAUCUGAUUUCUAAUAUAACAUUGUUUAGGGCAUUACGUUAAACAUUAAUUUACUUUAUUUGUGGGCUUGUGUGUUUUACGACUUCGACUGUUGGUGGUGGUAAUGCACCAAAACGUCGACUAACAAAUAUAGAACAGAAGAAGAAACACGGAACUGUCAAGCAGCACAAUGUAAAUGCAUGCCUAUAAAAUUCAUUCUGUUAGUGUCUGUUAAAGCAAUGGCGUCUGACAGACAACAGUGUUCGUGUUGCUCCCAUCCAGUCUCCUCUCCUAGUGUUUACCAGUCUCUGAGUGAAAUGGAUUUUGAACGAGGUAUCUGGUCUGCUGCAAUGGAUGGGGACUUGGAGAGGGUCAGGUCCCUGGUCCAGAAGGGCACAGACCUUAACCUGAGAGACUCAGCUGGAUACACAGCUCUGCACUAUGCAAGUCGCAGUGGUCAUCACGCUGUGUGCAAGUUUCUUCUCGAGAAUGGUGCUUGUGCAUCUCCCCAGACACCAGGCGGUGCCACACCGCUCCAUCGAUCCGCAUACUGCGGCCAUCUGGAAGUGGUUAGACUCCUGCUGCACCACAGAGCAGAUCCAAUGCUCUUUGAUGACGACGGUGCAUCUCCUUUACAUAAGGCUGCAGAACAGGGACACGGAGAGGUAUGUCAGCUGCUUGUCGAGCACUGUGCAGCGCUCUGCAGCCAGUUGAACAAGAGGCUCCAGCUCCCCUUCCAGCUGGCACCGCAGGGAGACCUGCAGGAGCUCUUAAAACCAUCUGAUGACAGACACACUGCAUCUGGGGCCUGCUGAGAUCAGAUAAAUGACAUAAGCUCAAUACAUACUGGGUGAGGUCCGCAUAUGUCAGAACACUAAUCUUGACCGGGAUUCACUAUAUUACAUGUGGCUGCUUUUUUCCUCAUUUGAACAUCAGCAACAAGCCAAACUGGGUGGAAACAACAAUAUUUUUUCUAAGAAAAAAAGGAUCCCAGGCACUCUUAAUGUGAAAAUUCUUAUAAAAAGCCUUUAUUUAGAUGGAAAUUUCAUAUCAAAAUCUUACAUUAAGGGUAGAGCUGAACAGCAACUCACGCGUAUUGGCACAAAGCAGCCUUCUUUAGGAUGUGCAUUUUCUAGCUUCAUACCAUAAACAUUAUCCUGUUUUUCUUUUUUAGUGUGCUGCUUGUGUAGUCUGUAUCCACGGCGGUAGGGUAUUGCUGCGGUCACCCCAGAAAUUCUGCCAGUUGUCCCUCUUUUAGUCCAGAUGUCCAUUACCUUCUGCUUUCUUUGUGUUGUAAUUUUAAACUCCUAUGGAUUUCUGAUGACUGUGGUUACCUGCUCUUCAGAUCUCUGCAGGG